UGUGCCUACCAUCGCGCCCAGUUCUGGAACCAGGCGUCCCUGCGGCUCAAAUCUCCCGGGUGAGCCCUCAGACGCAGCGGUGACCUUGCCAGGAAAGUGGCACGGCUCCAGCCCAGAGGGCCCCGCGCCCCCGUCAGGAGGCUCUGGGACCCCGUGUCCCGCCGUCUGGAGUGGAAGCAGAUCUUCACCUGCCAGCACCUCACCCCAGUUCCUCAGCCAGGCCCCUGCGGGGCUGUUCCCUCUAAGCUAAGUCCUCACCUGAGGACUUGCUUAGAGAGAGAAGGUGGGGAGAGAAACAGAACAAUACCCACCGGCUGCCCUUGCAGAUGCCUCGCCAACCCGCCACCAGCUGUGUGCCCUGACUGGGAACCAACCAGCAACCUCCAGCCACGCCACAGGAAAUGGUUCCAGUUCCGUAUUGAAAAGCCAGGAAGCCUAAGCCGUCGGGGGACCCCAGAGUCUCUGUGAAGCAGCCAUUACCGUAACGACGCACAUCUUUCCAGCUCGCUCUUUAAGACACAUGAUCAGGAAGCGUCGUGGGCACCCGUGUUCCCCGCUGCCGUCUAGGGAAGCCGGCCCGUGCUCUAGCUGAGGAGCCGUGAGUCUGGUCAGCCUGGCCUGGAUGCCAAGGAAGAUGCCAGAAGCGCAGUGACCGAGGCCUGGGGUGGAGCCGGCAGGCACCGCGGUGCCCAUGGACCUGCAGGCCGAGGGGCCCCCUCCCCAGCCCCCCCUGCCGGGCUCGGAGCGGCCAGAGGCCUAGGCCCGCAGGGAGGGUGUCGGCACACAGAUGCCCUCCAGGCCCUGGGCUCUUUUGAGUGGGCUUCCCGAGCAGGUGUGCCAGGGGCAGAGCAUGCCGGCCAAGGGGCGCUACUUCCUCAAUGAGGGCGAGGAGGGCCCGGACCACGAUGCCCUGUACGAGAAGUACCGCCUCACCAGCCAGCACGGGCCGCUGCUGCUCACGCUCCUGCUGGUGGUCAUCGUGGCCUGCAUCGCCCUCAUCGUCAUCACUUUCAGCUACGGGGACCUCUCCGGACGGCAGGCCGUGCUGGUGACGGCGUUCCUGGUGCUCGCCGUGUUCGUGGUGCUGUACGUGCUGGUGUACGUCGAGUGCCUGGUCCAACGGUGGCUCCGGACCUCGGCGCUGCUCAUCUGGGCCUGCCUGGUGACGCUGGGCUACGUGCUGGUGUUCAACGCGUGGACGAAGGCGGCCUGUGCGUGGGAGCAGGUGCCCUUCUUCCUGUUCAUCGUCUUCGUGGUGUACACGCUGCUGCCCUUCACCAUGCGGGGCGCCGUCGCGGUCGGGGUCGUCUCCAGCGUGUCCCACCUCCUGGUGCUUGGCACGCUGAUGGGGGUCUCCUCGUCACCCAGCGUCUGGGUGUGGCUGCAGCUGCUGGCCAACGCGGUCGUCUUCCUGUGCGGGAACCUCACGGGCGCCUUCCACAAGCACCACAUGCAGGGCGCCGCCCUCGAGCUCUUCACCUACACGGUCAAGUGCAUCCAGAUCCGCCGCAAGCUGCGCAUCGAGAAGCGCCAGCAGGAGAACCUGCUGCUGUCGGUGCUCCCGGCCCACAUCUCCAUGGGCAUGAAGCUGACCAUCAUCGAGCGGCUCAAGGAGUGCGGGGACCGCCGCUACAUGCCCGACAACAACUUCCACAGCCUCUACGUCAAGCGGCACCAGAACGUCAGCAUCCUCUACGCCGACAUCGUGGGCUUCACGCGGCUGGCCAGCGACUGCUCCCCCAAAGAGCUGGUGGUGAUGCUGAACGAGUUGUUCGGGAAGUUCGACCAGAUCGCCAAGGCCAACGAGUGCAUGCGCAUCAAGAUCCUGGGGGACUGCUACUACUGCGUGUCGGGCCUGCCCGUGUCCCUGCCCACCCACGCCCGCAACUGUGUGAAGAUGGGGCUGGACAUGUGUGAGGCCAUCAAGCAGGUGCGGGAGGCCACGGGUGUGGACAUCAGCAUGCGUGUGGGCAUACACUCGGGGAACGUGCUGUGCGGUGUCAUCGGGCUGCGCAAGUGGCAGUACGACGUGUGGUCCCACGACGUGUCCCUGGCCAACAGGAUGGAGGCGGCUGGAGUCCCCGGACGGGUGCAUAUCACAGAGGCGACCCUGAACCACCUGGACAAGGCGUACGAGGUGGAGGAUGGGCACGGGCAGCAGCGGGACCCCUACCUGAAGGAGAUGAACAUCCAAACCUACCUGGUCAUCGACCCCCGGAGCCAGCAGCCGCCCCCACCCAGCCAGCACCUCCCCAAGCCCAAGGGGGACGCGGCCCUGAAGAUGCGGGCCUCCCUGCGGAUGACCCGCUACCUCGAGUCCUGGGGCGCCCAGCGGCCCUUCGCCCACCUCAACCACCGCGAGAGCGUGAGCAGCAGCGAGACCCCUGUCCCCAACAGCCGGCGGCCCAAGGCCAUCCCGCUGCGGCGCCACCGCACCCCCGACAGAAGUGCGUCCCCCAAGGGGCGGUCGGAGGAUGACGCCUAUGACGACGAGAUGCUGUCAGCCAUUGAGGGGCUCAGCUCCACGAGGCCCUGCUGCUCCAAGUCUGACGACUUUUACACCUUCGGGCCCAUCUUCCUGGAGAAGGGCUUCGAGCGAGAGUACCGCCUGGCGCCCAUCCCCCGGGUCCGCCACUACUUCGCCUGCGCCAGCCUCGUCUUCGUCUGCCUCCUGCUGGUCCACGUCCUGCUCAUGCCCAGGACGGUGGCUCUGGGGGUGUCCUUCGGGCUGGUGGCCUGCGUGCUGGGGCUGGUGCUGGGCCUGUGCUUCGCCGACGAGUUGCUGCGGUGCUGCCCGGCCUGGACGGGGCUCCGGGCCGUCUCCGGGAGGGUGGAGACGCACCCGCUGCUGCGCGUGGCCCUGGCCGUGCUCACCGUGGGCAGCCUGCUCACCAUCGCCAUCGUCAACAUGCCCUUGCUGCCCUCCCCAGCCCUGGGGCUGCCUGCUGGGAACCAGACCAGCCUGAGCAGCCAGGAGAGGACCCCCUGCGAGCUCCUCCCAUAUCACACCUGCAGCUGCAUCCUGGCCUUCGUCGCCUGCUCCGUCUUCCUGAGGAUGAGCCUGGAGCUGAAGGUGGUGCUGCUGACGGCGGCCUUGGUGGCCUACCUGCUGCUCUUCCACCUCUCCCUGUGCUCGCAGUGGGACUGCUGCGGCCCUGGCCUGCGCAACCGCACCGAGACCAACGCCACCCUCAGCUCCUCCAUCUGCUCCUGGUCGGAUCUGAAGACCAUGAUCAGCUUCUACCUGGUUCUGUUCUACGCCACCCUCAUCUUGCUCUCCCGACAGAUUGACUAUUACUGCCGCCUGGACUGUCUGUGGAAGAAGAAGUUCAAGAAGGAGCGCGAGGAGUUUGAGACCAUGGAGAGCGUGAACCGCCUGCUGCUGGAGAACGUGCUGCCGGCCCACGUGGCCGCCCACUUCAUCGGGGACAAGCUGAACGAGGACUGGUACCAUCAGUCCUACGACUGCGUCUGCGUCAUGUUCGCCUCGGUGCCCGAGUUCAAAGUGUUCUACACGGAGUGCGAUGUCAACAAGGAGGGGCUGGAGUGCCUGCGCCUGCUCAACGAGAUCAUCGCCGACUUCGAUGAGCUGCUGCUGAAGCCCAAGUUCAGCAGCGUGGAGAAGAUCAAGACCAUUGGCAGCACCUACAUGGCAGCUGCGGGGCUCAGCGUGCCCUCUGGGCAUGAGAACCAGGACCUGGAGCGACAGCACGCCCACAUCGGCAUCAUGGUGGAGUUCAGCAUGGCCCUGAUGAGCAAGCUGGACGGCAUCAACCGGCACUCCUUCAACGCCUUCCGCCUCCGCGUCGGCAUAAACCACGGGCCUGUGAUCGCUGGAGUGAUCGGGGCGCGGAAGCCUCAGUACGACAUCUGGGGAAACACGGUCAACGUUGCCAGCAGAAUGGAGAGCACUGGAGAGCUGGGGAAGAUCCAGGUGACCGAGGAGACAAGCAGCAUCCUCCAGGGCCUCGGAUACUCCUGCGAAUGCCGGGGCCUGAUCAACGUCAAGGGCAAAGGGGAGCUGAGGACCUACUUUGUCUGCACAGACACGGCCAAGUGCCAGGGGCCCGGGCUGAACUGAGGGCUGCUGGGAGGGGCAGGACCUCCCCGAUGCCAGCCAAACCCGUGGAAGAUGCAGCCACAGUCACCAAGGCCGUCCGAGGGCUGGCCGCCAUCGGCUCCUGACAGGUGCUGUGUGGGCCUCAGGAGCCUGCACGAGCGGACUUCUGGGGCACGGCGCCAGCCCCAGCUUCAGGCCACCGCUGGGCCUCCCCACGCCGGGCAGUCGGAACCCGUGUGCUGGUGUGGGGAACGCAGCCCCCCCCCAGGAAAAGGCUCCAAAGUUUCAGCUCCUCUGCUGCUGGCCUGCUGUGGUCUUGACUGACCCCCCUCAUGGCCGGGAGCUGCCCAGCGACCUGUUUUCCAGGCACAGGAGGACGGAGACAAGUAGUUGGCAUGGGCUGGACGCCUUUCACCCCAGCGACCAGCUACGGCUUCCAUAUUUCUCACCCAGGUGUUCUGGUGAAUGGAGCUGGAAAGGGCGUUUCAAAUGUAUAGAUGGUUUCAAACAGCGGGCAGAAAACCUCCGUGGACGUGGGUUACUUGCUGUCUCUGGCAUGUGUUUCUUUAACAUGUUAAGCGCCAGGCCUGUUUUGUCUUCCUUUCCGGUUAGCCCGCGAUACCCGAUUUCACCGAUAUGCUGGCGGCACCAGUGACUGACCGGUCUGGACAGAAAGCAUAGUCACCCUCCUUGUACUUGGUGCAGACGGGGAUGUGAGCUUGCUGUCAGGCCUCAGGUCUGGCCAGGCCCUGGAACUGUUGGCACAGCAGCUGGACACGGGGUCAGAGGGCUCUGAGCUGAGUAUAGAAGAGCAGCUUGGGGUACUGGGGGUCUGGACCCCAGCCUGCAUGAGAGGACUAAGUGACUGACAUGGCACUUAACGUGUUAAAUGGCUGCGUUAUCACUGAAGGUUUUGUCCUUUUUAAUGACUUUUUAGAUCCGAGACAAGCCUCUUCCCUCCAGGGUAUUCUCUGCCUUUUAACCACCGGCAUGCCAGCAGGACCACUGUCCAGGAUCAGCUCCGGGGCCGCCCCGGCUGUGGGGACGCAGCUCUGUGGAAGGUGGCCCCCACUUUGACUCCAGCCUUUCGAGGUUAGGUUCAGUCAGCAAAAAGACUGCAAAGUUAGGCCCAGCCACCUCAGCCCGCCUACUGGUGCAUGUUGGCGCCGUCCCCUGCAAGCUUCGGCAGGAAGGAGAGGGGCUAGGCGCCCAGCACCUCUGGGACCCUCUCCUGUCCUCUCAUCCGCAUACUGACGCUGAGGAGCUUCAAGCCAGCGGGGGCCCAUGGAGAGGUCCCCUGACCUGGUUGCGGAGAUGUUCUUCUGACCGAAUAAACCAAGGCAAGUGCAAAAAGCAUCUAUGAGCUUCAACUCACAGAACCCCAAGUCCAGCCAGGCUCCACGGGGCAAGAACCAGCCUGCCGCUCCUUGUUCUGCACUGCCUGCCACCUGGGCAGAGCUGCCGAUCUAAUGCAGGCGAUUUACGACCGCAGGGGCCCCCGGAUCUAAUGCGGGUGACGUCACUAUCACAUGGACCACCGGAUCUAAUGCAGGUGACGUCAAUACCGCAGGGCUACCGGUUAGUCACCCACAGACCCCUGGGAUUAGGGAACUGCAGAGACUUCAGGAAGAGGAGACAGGGUCGCAGGCAGGGGAACUUGCACAGGGUGCUGGUGGGUGCACUGAGGUGUUGCAUGUAACUGGCAUGGUCUGAGUCGGCUACAGGAGCUGUGUGGCAGCGAUGCUGGAAGGGAGUAAGCCUUACGUGGCCCUUUUACACACCAGUUCUUCAUGGGAAGGGCUGGUUUAGGGUAAGUCCUGCGCUGCAGCCCAUCCUCUUAGAGAGCAGCGUAAACAUUAGGCUACAGGAGCUUAAAAAAUACCUGGUUACCAUGAAUGUACGUCUGUGUGUUUACAAUUAAAGCACUGUGCCCGGAUGGGAUGAGCUUUCGGUGUUCAGACAGGAGCGUAUAACUGACCAGGAAAGUCACCUGCAAUUGUGUUUUAUAAAAGUUUUCUCAUUACGUCCCUCCUUCACACGUGUCACUCCGUUUGAGACGGGACAGUCCCUCUUCUAACACUGACUAGGGAACCCCCACCCCCGAGGUUAAUGUGAGAAACUUCCCAAUGGGAGGAAGACCCUCACCCACUGACAGGCGUGUGUAACAGGUCAACGUGCGGAAAUACGCAACAAGGGGAGCGUUCUGUGCACUGCGUGUGCACAGGUCGCAGUGUUGGUUCAGAAUGUUAUGUUCAUGCUCAUAAAGUACCCGUGUCGCUA